AUGAGAACACUCGCUCCUCCUUUGGUUACACCGAUACACACGCUACAAAUCCAUAACAAAAACAUGUCAAUUACGCUGCGCGACGGCUUCGUGGACGAGCCGCUCGAACGGGCGAUGGAAGACCUCUUAGUGAGAUUCCUCGUCAACUGUCCACCAGAGGACUUGUCCUCCAUAGAAAGAGUUUUCUUUCACAUCGAAGAAGCACAAUGGUUCUACUCGGACUUUUUGAGACAGCUGAACCCAUUGUUACCAGAUAUGGACAUGAAAACUUUCUCAGCAGAAAUACUGCAACGGUGCCCGGUUAUAUGGAAAUGGGGAGAUCGGGCCUCUGCAUUGAACCGGUUUCUUAAGUACAAGAAGACGAUACCUGUUAGAGGAGUUGCUCUGCUCAACGAGAAGAUGGACAAAGUGCUACUUGUUCGAAGUGUCCAGGGAGGCAAUUGGGGGUUUCCGAGGGGAAAAAUUUCCAAAGAUGAGUCCGAUUUGGACUGUGCUCUAAGAGAGUUGAAGGAAGAAACGGGAUUCGAUGCCAAAGGCUUGGUGGAUGAAUCAGAUUUUACGGAAAGAACUGUCAGGGGAAAGAACGUGAAGAUUUUCUUUGCCAAGAACGUCCCAGAAUCAACGGUUUUUAGACCAGAGGUGAGGAACGAGAUAGGCGCAAUCCAAUGGAGAGACAUCAAGCACAUCUCCAACGCCCUCAAGAAGCAGAAAUACACGGACUACAUGAUGUCUGCGUUUAUUCAACCACUGACGCAGUUUGUGUCGCAAAACAGGACGUCUUCGGGCAAAUCAGAGGAGUUACUCAAGAAGAGGGCUGCCGUCCAGAUCAAAAAGCUGCUUGGAGUGGGCGAAAACGAAGACGAAACCGCCGUGGUCGACCAGGGAAGACAACUUUUGGACAUGCUACACAAGGUCACAGAAAAACAACAGUCUUCGGAUCCUGCCAAACAACUUCUGGACAUUUUGCAUACCGUCAAACCUACCUCAGCCCAAAACGGUGGGAUUGCUUCUCAACAGAUGCAAUUUCCUCCUGGGAUGCAAAUGCCAUUUGCCCAGUUUCCGUUCUUUUUUCCUCAGCAGUUUCCAUUUCCUCAAAUGCCAGCUUUCCAGCCUCAAUUCAUGCCUCCGGGAAUGCCUAUGCUCCCCUUUCCUAUGCCUCCUGCCGUUUUCCACGGACUUCCUCCUCCUCCAAUGCCGAACAUGAAUUCCCAGGGUUUUCAUCCCGGUCCAGCGGCUUCUGUGCCGCAGGCUCCACAGGAAUCUGCUCCGUUGGCUAGUCAUUUGAACAAACCAACAUUUGGAACUGGCCAGCGUCAUUCGCAGGAGGAGAGAAAAGAAUUGCUGAGUAUUCUAACGAAGAAGCCAGAGCCGGUUGUGACGAGCGAUUCUGGAUCAAAGGGCCACCCAGACUCAAAGGACCUUUUGGACCGUCUUUAUGGAAAGACACAAGAGCCUGUGGACGAUACCAGGGCUUCGCCCAAGACCUCUAGCCUAAGCCCCUCCAACCAGCUUCUUGGCGUUCUCAACGGAUCCCACAAGAAUUCUGAAGACUCUGUCAAAGACAAACCGGCUUCUCUGCUAAACCUGUUGAAGAAGGACUUAACGCCUUUUGAGACACAGAGACCGACUCCAGCCUCAAACGGAUUACUGGAUUUCGCCAAGAAACCAUUAUCCGAAAGAGCAGCAAAGCAGAAGGGAGAGGACGAGAUCAUGGCUGUUUUGAAGCCUAAGAGCCAGGGAACUCCAGAAGCAGGAAACCCUGAUUUAUCCAAAAAUGUCUCGAACCCUCCAACUUCUAUCAGCGAUUCUACUGAUCUGCUGUCCAUUUUGAAUAAGAAAAGUCCAGAAUCCGUGACUUCAUCCACUGACUCAUCUGAUCUGCUGUCCAUCUUGAAUAAGAAGACUGAGGCACCAAAACCACCAAGUGACUCGAGCAGUUUGUUGUCUCUCCUUAACAAGAAAGCUCCGGAAGCCACGAGACCAUCCAACGGUUCUAAUGAACUUUUGACUCUCCUGAAAAAGUCUCCAGAGAUCAAAACAGAGACCAAAACAGAAACUCUGGAGGCCGAACCCAAAUCAAACGGUUCUGCCGAUCUGUUGUCCAUACUGAAUAGGAAAUCUCCGGUGCCUGCGACUGCAAAUGGUGAUUCCUCGAAUUUGUUAUCAAUUCUAAAGAAGGCUCCCGAGACAAAAGCUGCAUCUGGAUCUUCUGGAUCUGGAUCUUUGCUGUCUAUUCUGAACAAGAAGUCUCCAGAGCCAGCUACUGCAUCUAGUGAUUCAUCCAACCUGUUGUCUCUUUUGAACAAAAAAUCACCAGAGGCAACUACCUCAUCUAGUUCUGCAUCUAGUGAUUCCUCGAGUUUGUUAUCCAUAUUGAAUAAGAAGGAAGCUACGAAAACAUCCAAUGAUUCAGCUGGUCUGCUUUCUAUUUUGAACAGAAAGAGUCCCGAAACCACCAAACCACCCAGUGACUCUGCCAAUCUACUCUCUCUCCUCAACAAAAAGGCGGAACCUCCCAAGAAGAUUCUCCUGACAAGAAAACUGGAGCAAGACUUGCCAGAGCUUUCAAACCACACACCGGUUCAGGUGCAACCGUUCAAAAGCCCCAAGCUUGCUCCCAGCCCUACCCAGGGAAUCCUCAAGGGCAAGAAGGUGACACUUCUGAGGCGAGACCCGAGCCCAGGAAAUUCUCAGCCUCUGGCCACAUGCUGCUUGAACCGCGUGCGCUCAGAUCCAGACUCUACAGGCGAAAUAGACACUGCCUACUCGGCUACAGACGAUAGCAGCGUUCCUGCGUCCUCAUCAGAGCCUGUUGCCAGCUUUGUGGACUCCAGCGACGAGGAGCUGGAUUUUGAAGAUUUUGACGACCUGAACGCCGAUUAUUGA